AUGCCGUUAAAAACAAAAAAAUAUGCCGUUAAAAACAAAAAAUGUGUAGCACAAAAAUAUCUGGAACCCGGACAUACACAGAUGGAAUGUGAUGCUGUCCAUAGUUUAAUUGAAAGAAAACUAAACAGUCGGGAAAUUACAUUGCCUUAUGAUUAUGUUACUAAAACUCGUGAAGCAAGACAAAAACCGACUACCUUAAAUGCAGAAAUAUUGACGCAUGAAAUAUUUAAAAAUUACGAUAAUAAAGAUCUUAUGAGGUACAGAAGUAUAAGACCUGAACGUUGUACAAAUGACCCCACUGUGAAUAACCUGAGAGAACUGCAUUAUUCUUCGGAAGGCACCAUAGGAUAUAAGACUGACUUUUCCGAUCAAAUUCGAGCUUUACCACAAAGAUCCAAGGAGAUAAAUGAUUCUAAGUACGUAGUUGAAGGUUUGUUCCAAGAUCAACUAAAAAUAUCUGCCCAAAAAUUUGCUCACCUACAGGACAUAAAAUCUACACUUGCACCAGAGUUUCAUGGAUUUUACGACUCUUUGCAAUUUAAAAAAGACUAA